GCCAGUUUUUCCGGUCUCUCUCUCUCUCUCUCCCUCUUCCUUCCUUUUAAUGACUGAUCCUCUCUCUCACACUUGCGCACCCACAACCACUUCAGCUUGCUGCACAACAACCCAUCUCCUGUGAUUUAGGGAAACAGCGACGAUGGUGAGCUCGGAAGCGAGUGUGAUUGGGAAUUCUCCUCCACCAUUUCUGAGCAAAACAUACGACAUGGUGGAUGAUCCGUCAACGGACUCGGUGGUGUCAUGGAGUAGCAGUAACAACAGCUUUGUAGUCUUGAACGUACCGGAGUUUUCCAAAGAUCUUUUGCCCAAGCAUUUCAAGCACAACAACUUCUCUAGUUUCGUCAGACAGUUGAAUACUUAUGGUUUCAAGAAGGUGGAUUCUGACCGCUGGGAAUUUGCAAAUGAGGGGUUUCUUAGAGGCCAGAAACACCUCUUAAAGAGUAUUAGCAGGCGAAAGACUACACAUGUCUCCAGUCAUCAACAACCUCCUCAAGUCCAGAGCACGUCAGUUGGGUCUUGCGUUGAGGUAGGGAAGUUUGGGCUUGAAGAAGAGGUAGAAAGUCUCAAAAGGGACAAAAACGUCCUUAUGCAGGAGCUCGUCAGGUUGAGGCAGCAGCAGCAAACAACAGAUAACCAGCUGCAAACUGUUGGGCAGCGUGUUCAGGUGAUGGAACAGCGGCAGCAGCAAAUGAUGUCAUUCCUUGCGAAGGCCAUGCAAAGCCCUGGCUUCUUAGCCCAGCUGGUACAGCAGCAAAAUGAAAGCAACAGACACAUUUCUGGAGUUAACAAGAAAAGGAGACUCCAUAAGCAGGACGAAGAAAGUCCAGUGGUCAAGCUUGGUGCUGCUUCACCCGAUGGACAGAUUGUCAAGUACCAGCCUCUUAUGAACGAGGCAGCAAAAGCAAUGCUUAGGCAGAUCUUGAAGAUGAAUGCAUCUGCAAGGCUGGAACCGUCAAUCAACAAUUCCAACAGUUUCAUGAUUGAUGAUGUGCCGUCUCCGUCGAAUGCAUUAGAUAGUGGUAACUUUUCUAGUCGAAUCUCUGGGGUGACCCUUUCAGAGGUGCUACCAAUGUCUAUGCAAUCUUAUUCGCCGGCAGAACCAGGAUUUCCUGUCAGUAGUUCCUCAGCUGCCCAUUCUGAGAUCCAAUCAUCCCCUGAUGUGCUAUCUAGUCCAUUUGAAGUAGCUCAGUACCCAGAAAUGAAUGUGCUUAAUUCUCAGGAAGCUACAGUUUUACCUGAAAUUUCUCAUUUGCAUGGAAUCAUACCAGAUAGCUCUUUUGAAGUGCCUAACAUAAGUUUUGAGGAGCCUGAAAUUGGGGAUAGGGGAUUUAUUGAUAAGAUGUCAGGGUUUGUGGAUAGGCCAAUGCCUAUUGUCCCUGAAGAGUUUUCUCCUGAUCCUGAUAUUGAUGUCGUGCUUGAUGAGAUCCCUAAGCUUCCAGGCAUUAAUGAUGUUUUCUGGGAACAGUUUCUUUCAGUGAACCCACUGGCUGGCGAUACUGACAUGAUCAAUUCUAACACACUGGAAGGUGCUGUUGGGAAGGAACAGGAGCUACGGAUGGGACUGGAGAAUGGUUGGAACAACACCCAACAUAUGAAUUAUCUUACUGAACAGAUGGGGCUUCUUGCGUCUGAGGCAGGAAUGGGGUGAUCUUGGGUUACCAAUUGUAUAUUGGUGUCUGUCUUCAUCCAGAGGUAAAAUUUUGAACCUGCUAUUACUACAAUGUGAUUGAUGAUUGUCCCCAUCCCACUUUGUUGACUGUAUGAGGGCCAGCUAUUUGUUAGGCUGGUACUUGUAUAUCUCCAUCCCUCUUCACUAACUGUACGAGUCAGCUAACCAUUUGUUAUGGGUUCUCAGAUCAUCCAUUCCCUUCUUCACUAACUUGAGUGAGAGUUCAUUUGCGGUGCUCUCACCCACUGAUUUCCAUAUUCUUGAUUUAGUCUUUGCAUGUCCAUGUUCCUUUUCUCAUUUUCACCAAGUUGAUGCUCGGUGUUGACGAGAUCUAGAAGAGUCCUUUUUUUAGAUUAGACUUGCUAUACAAACAAUGAUUUUCACGAAAUGUAUGUAUUUAUGUAUGUAUCUUUUCACAGUACUCUAAAAUUCCACAAAUGUCAGCAUUAUAUCAUGUAUUCAUAUGACAUGUAUUCAUAUGACUUUUGGAUUUACUUGGAAUCACAAAUGUAUUUUAACAAAUAAAGAAUGGCAUACAUGUUAAUUAUUUUGUCCA